AUGACCGAAGCGGAAACUGACACCGAGAAUGUUCCUCAAUCGAAGUAUACCAAGGAUAAAAAGGUCGGUGAAGGGACAUAUGCUGUGGUUUAUUUAGGAGUUCAAAAGCAUACCAAGAGGAAAAUAGCCAUCAAAGAAAUCAAAACCGGAUUAUUUAAAGAUGGAUUGGAUAUGUCUGCAUUAAGAGAAGUCAAAUACUUACAGGAGCUCAGACACCCCAAUGUAAUUGAGCUUGUUGAUGUUUUUGGUACUUCCAAUAAUUUGAACUUGGUAUUAGAGUUUUUACCCUGUGAUUUAGAAGUGUUGAUAAAGUCUAAAGAUAUUAUGUUUCUGGCAGCUGAUAUCAAGUCGUGGCUACUAAUGACAUUCAGAGGUCUUCAUCAUUGUCAUCGGAUGUCUAUCUUACAUCGAGAUUUGAAGCCAAACAAUUUAUUACUAGCACCAGAUGGUCAGUUAAAGAUUGCUGAUUUUGGUUUGGCUCGAGGCUUGGGUAACUUAAACGAAGAUCUUUCAUCUAAUGUGGUUACUCGAUGGUACAGAGCACCGGAAUUACUCUUUGGAGCUAAACACUAUACUGCAGCCAUUGAUAUUUGGUCGGUGGGGAUUAUCUUUGCGGAAUUGAUGUUAAGAAUUCCGUAUUUACCUGGGAAAGAUGAUGUUGAUCAACUUGAUGUUACUUUCAAGGCUUUAGGAACUCCAACAGAACAGAUAUGGCCUAAUGUUUCCAAUCUACCAUUGUAUAAUUCGCUUAGGGUGUAUCCUCCACCUUCAAGACAAGAACUACGGAAUAGAUUUAUUGCUGCUACUGAUAAGGCUCUUGAUUUGAUGAUCUCCAUGACUCAGUUGGAUCCCAGUAGACGGUGCAAUACCUCUCAAGCAUUGUUACAUGAAUAUUUCACAGAGUUACCAAGUCCGACAGACCCAAAGAACUUACCCAAGAAUAAACCGAAUGAGCCAACAGUAGAAUCCAAUGGUAAUACUACAAAGAGAAGGAAAGUAGAAUAA